AAUUUAUGAAUGAAUUUAAAAUAAAUGUAUAUAUUUGAAUAUCAAAAACAGGAAUUUCGCAAACAAAUUUGAAGUCAAUAACGAGGCCAAGUAUCUUGACACCAACAUCCAAAAAUGAAAAAAGACAGUUGAUAUAAAUCUUUCUUCCUUCAACAUCAUAAUAUACUCAUAUAAUUUAUUUUUUUUUUUUUUUUCAAAUGUUAUUUUAAAGAGAAGGGAGAAUGAAAAUACAGAGAGAUAUAAACCUACAAGUGAUGUAUUUAAAAGUCACGUGAUUAACAAGCAGAAUCCGCGGCGUCCAUCGAAAAAUCUAAAUUCGUCUGAGCCAAAAGACGAACACCCUCAGAAGUCUACAGCGAUAGUCAAUAAUUGCCAUCAGCCAACACGACAUUAACCACGUUAUUUUUUUUUUUUUUAUGUUUAUUAUUACAUGCAAAAAAAAAAUUAAUAUUAUAAAGUUGACAAUUUUUUUUUAUACUCGUAGAAUUUUUCAAAAUUUAUUUAUUUAUUUUAUCGAGUUUGCUGGAAGACCGAAAUAAUCGUGUGAGAUUAACAAAUUAAAAUUCGACAUGAUUCGUGUCGAUGAGAGUGAUCCAGUUGGUGAAAUUGAACCUGCGUUUCCAUACAGAGAUGUAAAUAUAAGACGAGGUAUCAAUUUUAAGGAUGAUUAUGAUGUUCAGUCAGAGCUUGGACGGGGUAAAUUUGGUACAGUCUAUCAUUGUAAAGAUAAAAAAAAUGGUCUUCGCUUGGCAGCGAAGGUUGUUAACACAACAAAAAAAGAAGAUAGACGUGCUGUUGAACGUGAAGUUGAAAUAAUGCGACGUUUACAACAUCCAAGACUCAUUCAACUGUAUGAUGCCAUUGACACUGGUCAACAAAUAUACGUUAUAUUAGAGCUUAUUGAAGGUGGUGAACUUUUUGAACGUGUUAUUGAUGAUGAUUUUUUUCUAACUGAACGUAGUUGUGCUGUUUUUAUGAGACAAAUUUGUGAGGGUAUUGAAUUUGUUCAUUCGCAAAAUAUACUUCACCUUGACAUGAAGCCAGAAAAUAUUCUUUGUUUAACUAAAGAAGGAAACAGAAUUAAAAUAAUUGACUUUGGUCUUGCACGUCAAUUUGAUCCAAAAAAAAAACUUCAGGUUUUAUUUGGUACACCUGAAUUUGUUGCACCUGAAGUUGUUAAUUUUGAUCAAAUUGGAUACGGAACAGAUAUGUGGAGUAUAGGUGUAAUCUGCUAUGUUUUAUUAUCUGGGCUGUCGCCGUUUAUGGGUGAUACUGAUGUCGAGACAAUGGCAAAUGUAACAAUUGCCAAGUAUGAUUUUGAUCACGAUGCUUUUGCUGAAAUAUCUGAGGAUGCCAAAGAUUUCAUCAGACGACUUCUCAUUAAAGACAAAGAAAAGCGAUUAACAGCAACUCAAUGUCAAAAACAUCCAUGGCUGAAAAAGAAGAAAGUAGAGGCAUCAAAGGAAUCAUCAAAGGACAAAAUAAAAAUCAAGGAACCAUCAAGAAAAAAGAAAAAUAAAUCAAUUGAAGAAAAUAAGAAAAAAAGUCAAGUUGUUGAUGUUAAAAAUAAAAAUGAAUUAGAUGUUACGAAAGACAAUUUGCGAUUAUUUGUUGAACGUUGGAGAGAGCAUCCAAAUAGUCCUUACAUGAUGGAUGAUGACUCAAGAAAUAUUGUUGUUAAUAUGAACAAUGAAUCAAUUUCUCUGAGAGGUCAAAGUCCAUCACCAAGACAGAGUAUAUGUAGUACACCAUCAGAACAAUCAGAAUCUCAAGAAAGCAUUAAUAAUUUUUCACUUGAUAUUUCAUCACUUGGUAUUGAACGGAGAGCAUCAGAAGGUAAUUCACAACAACUGCAACAUCGUGAUACAGCAUCACAAAUUGUUCUUGCUGAAGAAAUUAUUAAAUUAUCUGAACAUUUGCGAUUAAUGUCCAUGUCACCAAAUGAUAAUUCAAAAAAUUUACCGAGUAAAAAUUCAGGAGAUGAAAUAAAUAAAAUACAAAAUAAAAUAAAUAAUGAUAAUUUCAUUGAUAAUAAGAAUAAAAAAAAAAAAAUCGUUGAUCACGAUCAAUCAUUAGAUAAUGCAACAAAUGAAAUAUCAGAAAAAUUAUCAACUAUAACAAGACAAAGAAAUUUACAUGGUACAACAUUUAAUGCCGGUAGAAAUUUUGAAAAAAAAGAUUAUUUUUUACCAGAAUUUACAUUGAAAAAAUUGAAAAAUAAUGAUAAUAAAAAUAAUAAUGAUAUUAAAAAAACGAAUUCAUUAUCGAGAAAUUGGAAAAUUGAUAUACGUAAAGAUUUAGAAAUGGAUGAUAAUUUAGAUAGAGAAAUUGAUUUAACACCGCCAUGGAGAAAAUCAAGAGCAAAACAUCGUUUUGGUGAAAUAUGUCGUGAUGUACCAAGAAUAUCAAAUCUUCGUAAUAUACAUAAAAAUAUUGAUUUUGAUGAACCGACAAGUACUAAAAAUUUGUUAUUACAAUUACUUGGUGAAUGGGAUGAACGACCUGGUAGUGUUGGUGGUAGAAAAUCAAUAAGUGUUGAUUGGGAUAAAGAAUCAGUAGCAAGACAAUCAAUUAAUUCACUAGCUGAAUAUUUUUCAUCUGUUGAUCAAAAUAAAACAUCUUGUGUAUCAAAUUCAUCAAAGACUUAUCGUUGAAUUUGUAAAUAAAUAUAUAAUAAAGAAUUAUAAUCUAAUAAUUAUUCAAAGCCUUAAAAAACAAAAAAAAAAAAAAAAGAAAAUAAUAAUAAUAUUGUAAAUUGUAAAAGAAAAAUUGAGCCACGAAUUGAGUAACUGUGAGUAAAUGUAAAAAAAAAAUUAUUUGUUUAUUUAAAAAAUUUUUUUUUAGUAAAAGAUUAUCAGCUGUAGAACUUCAGGAGCAUCGUUGGAUUGUUGCUGCACUUGAAAAUCCAAUUUCCAAGGUUAGAUUGAAGAGAUAUGUCAUCAAGAGAAGAUGGGUGAAAGCUGUCAAUACUAUUUUGGCACUCAAGAGAAUGGGUGCUCAUAUCAAUCUUGAGCUUGUUUGAAGUAUUUUUAAAAUUAUAUAUAUUAUGAAAAAAGAAAUAGAUGAUGAUGAAUAUAUAUAUAUAUAUAUAUUUACAAAAGUUUAUAUUGAACUACAAAAAAAAAAAGAAAAAACAUUGGAAUUGUUAAAAGACACUGUUCAUCAAUAAAAAAAAAAACGAUCAUUUUUUUUUAAUUCGAUUUUUACUACGUUUAUUUAAAUUUACUAUAAUAAUUUUUUUUUGAUUCGAUUUUUACUAUAGAUUUGAUAAUAAAACAGUAUAAUUAAGCAUUUAAAAAUUAUACAAUCGUAAAAAUAACUUUUUUUCAAUUUUUUUACGCUAUAUAUCUAUUGACUCUGUCUCGACACCGUUUCGAUCGCGUUUCGACAGCAUUUCGACUGCCUUUCGAUAGGCUUUCGACACCGAAUUGAGAGGUGCCUAAUUUGCUCAUUUUUUAUUGUUUUAAAUUGGUAAACAUUAUAAUGGACUUUAUUAAUGAUAAAUUUGCAUUUUUUUUAUAAAAAAAUUAAUAGAAUAAAUAAAAAAACUUGUAAAAAUUUAAACAAAAAAA